UGUUGAGUGUUAUCAAAUAGAACUAUGAGUCGAGAUUGUAUUGUACUUAGUCUUGUCGUAACAGUGAUUUUAAUUUUCGGACAAAGUUUUUGUUUGCAGAAAAUUGAUGAUAUUCAAUGUCAAGACUCUUUGCUUUAUCCUUUCGUUUUUGGUGAUCAUGCACCUAGAGAUAAUCGAUCAGCAGGAAAUUUCACAGAGUCACUUAACUCAUCGGACUUGUAUUCAUGCGUUGAUUCAUGUUGUAAAACCAAAUCAUGCAAUGUUGCGAUGUUCUAUAAUCAAACAUGCUUUUUAUUAGAAUGUAUCACUUCAGCUGGUUGUUUGCCAGUUAAAAGAAAUUCUUCAGUGCAACUUGAAAUGGUUUUAGUAAGAACUGUGCCAAAAGAACAUUUAACAUGGGAAGAAGUCUUGAAACAAGAAAGUGAGAUUAAAGAACUUCAACCAAAAGAUGGAAAUUCAAAUAUGAACUUUAUGAACAACUUCUUCAACUACGAUUUAAAUGAUAGACUUUACAAAGCAAUACAACAAAUGUCGUCACCAGCUGAUGGAAGAAUUCCCAAAGUUUAUGGUAAAGAAAGUUUUGUUAAUGAUGAUGAAAUUGACCCUUUGGAAAUGGAAGAUUCUUCAAAAAGAUACAUGAGUCUUAAAGCCUGUGUGAUGGGUGUUCGUACUUGUCAGGAACAUGAAGAAUGUCAACCAAUAAAUUUGGUAUCAAAUGAAGGUUUCUGCAGAUGUCGUCAAGGCUACUAUCGUUACAAACAUAAGUGCAUUGCACGAAGUAUAACAGUUCCAGUUGUUCCAGCAUCAUUUCAAGAAUCUACUUUUCCACAAAAGUAUCCAGACGCCGAUGAUGAAAAUCAAUCAUCUGAACCAGAGAAAAUAAAACUUCAAGUCACUGUUGAGUCGAAAAAUAUUCAAUUGCCCAAAAAUGAAGCUUCGCUAACUGCGAUUGUUGUGCCUGAUGAUGGAAAGCACACUUAUUUGUGGUCGCUGGUCGACAAGCCUGAAAAUGAUAAGAACGGAACCAUCACUGAUCAGACUCGUCCAACAGUUCGAGUUUCCAAUCUCGCUGAAGGUCUUUAUCGUUUUAAAAUUACUGUAACCGGAACUAAUAGUUAUGGAGAGGCUUUUGCUAAUGUUACUGUGUCACAUGCAAACCGAAUUAACAAACCACCCACACCUAUAAUAACUCCCAAUCAUCAAGUAAUCAAACUUCCCAAUCAACAUGCCGUUCUUGAUGGCUCGACAAGUUUCGACGAUGAUAAAAUUGAAUCAUGGAAAUGGGAAUUUGUUCAAGGACCAAUAAAUUAUUCACCGACGCUUCAAGAACAGCAAACAAUAGAGUUAGAUGACUUGAAAGAACCAGGAAAUUAUACAUUUAAGCUAACAGUGACGGAUUCUGAUAAAGCUGAAAAUACAACGACAGCAAUCAUUGAAGUAGUUGAAGAAAUGGAUUAUCCACCACAAGCAAAUGCAGGUGCUGAUGUGAUUCUUUAUUUACCACAUAACAAUAUAACUUUGAAUGGAACACUCAGCACUGAUGAUCAUCAAAUUGUGUCAUGGGAAUGGACGAAAGAUGCAAACGAUGAAUCAAAAGCUGUUGACAUGCAAAACACUCACACGCCUUUCCUUGAAUUGUCUCAUCUUGAAGAAGGCAGAUACACAUUUGAACUAAAAGUGACUGACGCUAAGGGACAAAACUCAUCUUCAAAAGUUCAUGUGUUUGUUAAACCACCGACAAAUCUUCCACCACUUGCUCGUGCUGGUAGAAAUUCGACCAUCACACUCCCAACAACUUGGAUAUUACUAAAUGCCACUGAAUCAACAGAUGAUAUUAAAAUUACGCAAUAUUAUUGGAAACAAAUUUCUGGCCCUUCAACAAGCAUGAUCAUUGAUGCAAACAGUACAAUCGCUAAUGCAACCAUGUUAACUCUAGGUGAUUAUAUGUUUGAAGUUAUGGUUAUUGAUGAAAGUAACAACAACGCAACUGAUCGAGUCAGGGUCACCGUUAUUCAAGAAAAAAAUGCUGCACCAGUUGCUAGAAUUGCUGGUGGAAAUCUUAACUUAACUCUGCCUUUAAGUGUACUCAUUCUAAAUGGAAGUUCAUCAUCUGAUGACUUGAAGAUUGUUAGUUAUUUAUGGACGAGAGAAAGUGAUAGUUUAGCAGUUGGUAAUGUGAUUGGAGGUAGCGAUCAUGGAGCUGUUUUGAUGCUCACUGGUGUCGUUGCUGGAACAUAUAAAUUUAAAUUGACAGUUUCUGAUGAACAAGGCUUGACUGGAGUUGAAAUUGCGACAGUUACUGUCAAUGAAGAUCCAUUAAUAUUGAACUUAGUCGAAGUUGUAUUAACCGCUAAUUCAACAACUUUAAGUCAACAAGAGCUGGAUCAAUUGAAACAGAAAAUUUUACUUCUCCUUGGCGAUAACAUGAAAUUAAACAUUCGAAAUGUGUUAAUUGAAGAUAAGACGAACCAUGUUAUUGUUGUCUUUUAUGUGUCAAGAACAACGAAAGAAGGAACGACACAAAUGAUAAUGAAUGGCUUAGAUGUUCAAAGAAUAUUAAAGGAAAAGUAUUGGAAGGAUUACAGCAUAUUGGGAUCGUCAAUCAGUGAAAUUCGAACGGUUGUGUGUCAAAAUGAAUGUUCGGGUCAUGGACAAUGUAAUAUAGAAACAAGAGCUUGUACUUGCGAUGCAUUUUGGAUGCCAGAUAUUUUCUUCUUUUGGGGUGUCACUGAAGCCAACUGUGAUUGGUCGAUUCUUUAUGUGAUUGUCUUCAUUUUCUUUGUGUUCAUGGUCAUCAGUGGAAUAUGUUGGGGAUUAACAUACACUUGUCGUCAUCGUCAAUCGAAACCAGCAAAAAGCAAUGGACCAUCACGACCAAGUCGAAUGAAACGUCAACAAAAAUAUGCAUUGAUUCAUUCGCAAGAUGAUGAGAUUCCAUCGUUUAAUCGUAACACAUUAAGCGACGAUUCUGAUGACACAGACUCUGAUGUUUUAUUCGAAAAUAGUCGACAGAAAUCGAAUGGAAUUAGAAAUGGAUUCAAAAGUAAUCGAACGCAUAAACUAACGAAGCUUGGAAGGCGGAUUAAAACAUAAGUUUGUAAUAAUAAUAUUCAUUUGUUUUGCAAGCUUUUCUGCUGUGCUAUUUAUAUGAAAAACACACGUGAUUCAACCAAAAAUUAUACUUGUAAUGAUUAAAAUAAUGAAGGUAACAUUCCGAUAAUGAUUUUAACAUGAUACUUAAAUAGAUAUUUAAUCAUUGCUUUAACAAUUUAAAGAAUGAAAAACCAAUGAAGAAUAUUCAUUUAAUAGAAAUUUAUAAAAGGAAAAAAUCUAGUCGAUAAAACUAAAUCUACAAAUGUAAAAUGUUUGAAAAGAAAUUUUGUUUGUUAUUGCACAGAUUAAUUUGCAAUUUAAAUGAAUCAAACAAGAAAAAAGCAGAAAACAUUUUUCAUGUGAUGGAACAAUUUAAGUACUUAACGAAUAAAAUGUAAAUUUUAAUUAGAUAAAAACUA